AGUUUUAUCCCAUCUUAUUUUUAAAUGGUUAACUGUGCAUACCUCUGGUUCACAAUCCUAUUCCAAAAAUACCUGUGGCUUAUCCUUAUCAUAUUGCCCAGCUAACGGUAAGAAAUAGGCUCAAGUGGCUCAGUAUGGAUUUGAUUUGCCUCUUACGCAACAGGGUACAAGAUCCAGGGAGAAGCCAGAGACCUGCCUUGGGAAGAGCUCUGUCCUCUGCGGGCCAGGGAAUCCCUUGGCAAUAUCCCUUGCAUAUGAUGAGAGUACUGGGAUGCUUCCCGCCAACUUCACUGGAAGAAUGCUGUGCUGGAAAGGCAUUCAUUUGUUUACAAAGGCCAUGAUAAACAAGGUCUAGAGGUUUCUGAUACUUAGCUGAAAUCACUCAAAGUUUUAAUUACAGUUUUUGUAACCAUAAUUAAUUUUUUUUUAAUUUGACUUCUUUUAAAUUUACCAACUCUGGCAUACUUGGCAAACAGGACAAGCAUCUACACUUGUUUCUUCCAAAUGUGGCUGAACAGAUCCAGACCAUGGGGAAAGCACCCUUGCCACCUCCCCAGAGGGACAUUUCACCAGUUCAUGGGAUUUUCUGCCAUGUUGACAAGAUCUGGACAAUGAUCACAGAGCCAGAUUGGAUUAGUGAAACCUAUUUACCAGAAGUUCAGAGCGGUUGCAUGAAGCUGAAAGGCAGUCAGGAGGGAGAGGUGGAAAAUGCACCAGAUUUACAGCUGCAGCGACGAAAAUUUAGAAGUUUUCACCACUGUGAUUUCAUCCAAAUCAUGUAGUCCUGCCAGAAGACGAGCCAAAACUACACAGCACAUCCUAACAAAGAGUGUGGUAGCCAUAUCCGAUCGUCGGCCCCACAGGACAGAAAAGCUGCAGCCCUACCAGGGUGACCUCCUCCAGGUGCUGUACAGCGAAGACGAGGUGCGGGGCUUGGGCUGCCUGCAGAGCAGGCAGCGGGGACCCUGUCCCACCAAGGGCACUGCCCAGCAUGUGGGAAUUACUGAACGAGAGUCAUCCAAGUCCUGUAACCACCUGUUGGAUGGAAAAUCUUCGAUUCCACCAUCGCCAGUUGCCCAUAUCACAGUGAAAGCGGUGGCUGUCACAGACUCACCCGCAGGUGACAGCACUUCUACGGAAGACCACAGGCAGCGCUGGAGGAAGACGGCAGAGUACGACCUGGCCCUGCCACAGGGAGCAGAAGCUUCCCUACCGCUGACGGGAGGCAACCUGUGCGGGACACCCAGCCUCCUGAGGAAGAUGUGGAUGAAGCACAAGAAGAAGUCAGAGUACCUGGGGGCAACAAACAGUGCCUUUGAGGCGGACUGAUAAGGCUUAGCAACACUUGGGAAGACCUUUAGCCAGGACAAGGUGCUCUAGGAUCGAUGAGGGAACAGACACAGCACGGCUCAUCCAGGAAAACGAUAUCCUUUUUAUUACUUGAUGCCAUUGCCUCAGAGCAGUGGGAGAAAGGCUAACUAAGGUAAAAAUGGUGAACAUGAUGCAACUCACUGGCCUUUCUUUGUUGCAAUACACUAAAAUCCCACUAGAUUUAUGUCUUGACUCAGUGAUGCUGAAACUGCUGCUGGCCCAUUCACCAUUUUACACAUCCUGUCUGAAUCAGCUCGGACUUGCAACAAGAAAAGCCUACCAAGCAGUUUGUGUAUUCCUGCAAGGCAACAGAUCGAUUAGAGUGCCAUUGAAUCCCAAGGGUCUGCUCAUUGUGUACCACUGCUCGUCCUCUUCCCCCUCUCAUAUCAUGAGAUAAAAAACACAGCUUACAAUAUGCUUAUUUGAAUGACAUAUGCUAAACAUCUUUUAUUCUUCAGUGUUCAUGUUUCAAGACAGGAGUAAAAGAUGCAAAAAUUUUAAAAGAAUGGGUCAGAACUGAGCAAGUUGGCAAACACCAUUUACCAAACUUUGCUACGUGACAAGCGAUUGGUGUUUCAAAGUGUCCUGCCAGAUCAAACUAUGAGCAACUGGAUAACCUCAAGAGAUACUUUCUUCCAUAGAACCUGCUUAUAUGUUAAGUGGUAGUCAGCAACUUAUUCUCUACCCAUGUGGUACGGGAUAUUUCACUAAGUGCACAAAAUGCUAGGAGGAAAGAAAAUAUGUAAAUGGUGCAACUAGGUGACUAAACGUGAGAUAUUUGCAUAUAGGAGACCUGUGCUUA